GAGAGAUAGACCAGCCAUGAUUGAAUGGCGGAGUAGACUUGAUGGGCCGAAUGGCCUAAUUCUGCUGUUAUCACUGGUGAAGGACGAGAGGGAGCAGGUUCUGACCAGUUACCUGUGGACGAGGCAGGAGUGGACAGAUGAGCUCCAUCGUUGGAACAAGAGCGACUACGAUGGUCUAGAGACCAUCCACGUCCCUGGCCGCUACCUGUGGAGACCCGACAUCGUCCUGUACAACAGUGUGGAUGGUUUCUCGCCCCCGGCCGACACGAAUGUGCGCCUACGCUACGAUGGCCACCUGACGUGGGACAGUCCGGCCAUUGUCCACUCCGCCUGCCCACUGGACAUCCGCCUCUUCCCCUUUGACUCUCAGCGCUGCCCUCUGACGUUUGGCUCGUGGAGCCACGGGGCGGGGGGGCUGCGGCUGAGGGCGGGGGGGCUGCCGGGGGGGGGCCUGGAGGACCUGGUGCGGCCGGCAGGCUGGCAGGUGACCGGGCUGACGGUCAGCGAUGGCACAAGCCCGGCCGGGCGAGAAACCGUCGCCCGCCUCACCUACACGCUGAGCCUCCGCCGCCGCCCCGCCGCUCCCCUCCGCGACCUCCUGCUGCCCCCCGCCCUCACCUCUGCCCUCGCCCCCCUCGCCUUCUGCCUGCCCGCACCCUCCGGCGAGAGAGUGGCCCUCGGCCUCGCACUCCUCCUCGCCAUCACCUUCUACCAGCUGAUGUUGGCCGAGACCCUGCCUCCUGCCGAGACCGCCCCGAUGCUCGGCCGUUUCUACAUGGCCAGCAUGGCGGUCAUCACUACAUCCACGGCCGUGUCCGUGCUGCUCCUCGCCGUCUACCACUGCGGCCCCGAGGCCAAGCCCCUCCCCCGCUGGGUCAGAGUGGUCAUCCUCGGUCACCUGGCCAGAGUCCUGGCGAUCCGCCCGCCGGGGAACCCGCACCAGCGCCAUCGCCACUCCGGGUCACAGGUCGAGGCCGGACUGACCAGUGGCCGGACAGCGGAGAACGUGGAGGGGGCAACUGGUGUGGAGGAGGGGGAGUACAGGGUGGUGUGUCGGGGGGUCAGGCAUGUGUGCGGCCACAGCUGGCAGCAUCUGGCCGGGCACGUGGAGCUGAUCGCCAGCUGUGUGCGCCGGCACAGGGCGGCGAGGCAGAGACAGCGGGAGUGGCGGCGGGUCGGGGCCGUCCUGGACCGGCUGCUGACCGCCACCUUCUUGCUGUUGGUCACCUUCACCACUCUGGCUGCACUGGCCGCCGCGCUGUAG